AUGUCCAUCAUGCCGAGAUCGAACCACUGGUGGAACGUGGUGGCGGUCGACGGAGAAUGGAGGAUGAUGGAUUGCUCGCUCGCGGCGCCAUCGAAUCCCAAGCGCGCGGCGUAUUCGGCGGUGGGUAGCUCCAUGGCAGACGGUUGGUGGUUCCUCGCGCGACCCACCGAGAUUUGCUGGACGCACAUUCCCGAACAUCACGGGCAGCAGCAUAUUUGCCCGCCGGUGGCGCACGAGAUCUUGCUCAACCUGCCGUGCGCUUGCCCUCCUUUCUUCCGGAACGAGAUCCAAAUGUUUGACUACAACUCGUCCCUGACGCGCAUCGAGGACCUGGAGAUGGUGCACAUCAACUUCAACGUCCCUGAAGAUGUCGAGGUAGCCGCUGAGGUGGAGGUCCGGGCCUUUACGCGAGAUCCGGACGGCGACGUCUUUGAGAGCGGCGAGACGGUUAAGAAGCGAGCUCUGGCGCAGGCUGAGUGGUUCAAUGGUGUCAAGCGUUUCACCGUCAAGGCGCUGCUCCCCGGCGACGAAGGUCAGGGUAUCCUCAAGAUUUAUGCGGGUAAGAGGGGUCUGAUGCACAGCAUCAAGGACAUACCUCAUCCGCUUGCCUUUGCCCUUCCCAUCAUCCACACGGGCGAGAACCCCGAGUAUGAAUUCGUCACGAGACACCCUACACCGCACGCGCAGAGGCAUGACAUUUACGUCGUCCAGCCUCAGUGCCAAAGACUUGCGCUCAACAACACCUUUGUCUUUGCCAUCCGCCAGCACCCGAGCUCGGCGGGCGCGUCAACGCUGACGCCUUCGUCCAACCCCGGCAACGUCAGCCCGAUUCCGUUUGUUCGUCCCAGCUCGGCCAUGAGCAUGACGGCGUCAAGCGCGAGCGGAUCGAACCCUAGCACGGCGAGCUCGGGGUAUCCGGGCAACAAGAAGCCGGCGAAGUUGGCCAUCCAGACUCCGGGCGGCAAGAUUCUCAGACUCAUGAGAAAGGACGACCGCAAGGGUGUCGGUGCGGGCACUGCGCGAGCGAGCGAUGAGGAGGCUAGCGAUGGGGGCACUUGGGAGACCAUCAUCAAAUGCUCUGAAAAGGGGACAUGGCGAGGCUUGGUACUCGCGGAUCGUACGGCGAGGUGGUGCGUGUUUGCGGAGUGGGUGUGUGCGUAG